GGUCCCCCUUUGGUCGCUAUGCUGGUCAGCCAGGCGCCAAACAGUGUGGCCUUGGACAGCGCUGCUGCCGACUCGGCCAGCCAGCUGAGUGGCGCGGCGGACACGGGCGGUCCGUCUGGGACGCCCAGCUCCGAGGAGCACUCGGUCGCCGAUUUGCCGAGGUUCCACUUCGGGCGGCACUCGGCGUCGGCCCCGCUGCCGGUCGCGCCGGCCCCGCUGCCAGUGGUGCCGACCCCGCUGCCAGUGGUGCCGGCCCCGCUGCCAGUGGUGCCGGCCCCGCUGCCACGCUUCCCAUUUUGGCCGCUGCACAUGCCGGCGCUGCUGCCGCCGCUCGAUCUUCACCUGGGUGGAGUGCCCACUUUCCUGGGUAGGCGGCGACGGAAGGAGGUGCGCCACAGACGACAGCGCACCACCUUUAGCUCGGAGCAGACUCUGCGGCUCGAAAUGGAGUACCGCAGAAACGAGUACAUCUCACGAGCACGCAGGUGAGCCGGCGGACCAUUGCUGGCCAGUGAAACAGAGCUGUGUAUGUAAAUGUCCAAGGUAUUUGAACUCAUUGACACGGAGUA